GUCACUUGCAAGUCAUGGUUAUAAAAUGUUAACAUAUAAUUUGUCAAAAUAUGUCUGUAUUAGAAAAAGUUCAAAGGGAUAAUGAUUCGACUUUCAAGAGUUCCCUGUUGCUGCUGCGCCUGGGCACUUUGGUGGUGUUAGCGUGCAUGUUGACGGUGCACCUGCGCUCUUUGCGGCUGUUUCGGUGGGAGCAGUCGGUGACGGGCGGCGUCGUCAUAACGUAUUGCAUCGCUGUGCUUGGCCUAGCUCUGUGCGCCGGCUCUACCAAUUGCCGCGGUCAUGCCAUCCAGGCAUACUUAUGCGGCACCGGUGCUGCUUUAUUGGCGGUUAACGCGGGUGUCAUCUACCGGAGAUGGAAAAGCGCCAGCCAGCUAACACAUGUGGUGGCAGAGCUGCUCGGAGUGCUGGGAGUGCCUCUUAAGCGACAAGUCGUCAUAAAAGUGUCCCUCAGCGCAAUCGCGGCAACCUGCUUACUCGUUGAUCUUUUUUUCGCACCUUAUUUUUCACGUGAUAGAGGUCUAUCCAAUAGCAAUUCGUCCUGACCAAGAACCAUCUACUCAGGAUUACGAAAUUGUCAUUCCUUUGCGACGCCUCCUUGUGCGAUUUUAAAUUGCAAACUCAAAACGCACGUUAAAAUAAAGUCCGUGUUUCAGGGUAUUUAUUACGUGACGUCAUCGUUGUCUAAUUGUAAUAUAAAUUCUAUGAACAUAUUU